UUAAUAUGAUAAUCAAUGCGUUGUAAUUAUUUCUUUUAUUUAAUUGACAGGAGUAGUUUUGAUCAUUACGUUUUUGCUCAACAAUGGUCUGGUACAUUUUGUGAAGUGAACGAAUACUGCCUCCGUAAGCUUACAACUCGGAAUGCUUGGACAGUUCAUGGUUUAUGGCCUUCAAAUGGCUCAAGUUCAGCAUUUUGUUCAAGAGGAUCUUCUUUUGAUAUAAAUAAAUUAAAGAGCAUAGAGAGUCAGUUGAAAGACAAGUGGCCAAGUUAUUCCUCACCAUCUGAAGAAUUUUGGAAGCAUGAGUGGGAAAAGCAUGGCAAAUGUGCCACAAGGCAAGGAAGUAUGAUACCAGAGUUGACUUACUUCAAACAAGCCCUUGAUUUGAACAAAAAAUUCGACAUUUAUAGUGUUUUGAAAAAAAAGAAAAUUGUUCCAUCAUAUAAUAAAAUGUACAAGGUAUCUGACAUAAAGCAAGCUUUGGAAAAGGCAUUUGGUACCACUGUUAACCUGAGUUGCAAGACAAAAGAUAAAAAGGCCUACCUUACUGAAUCUAGGAUUUGCUUGGACUUGAAUUUCAGACCAAUCAACUGCUAUAGACAGUUUGGAAACUGUAAGGGAAAAGGCCAAGUGAAAUACCUUCCCAGUGGAAGCCGAAGUUUAUAUGCUCUGCAUCUUGGAAGCAUUCAGCCAUUUCUUUUUCUUCUUAUUCUUUUUUGGCUCUCAUAAGCUAUCAUGAUGUAACAUUUUCAAUGCUUCAUCUUUCAGUUAGUGUUUCUAGCGAGAGAUUUAAUUGUUGCAGUCCAAUGACUGAAACAAGUUAUCUUGUGCUUUAAGUAUUUCAUGACAAUAUUUCGUAUAAAAUAUGUCUAUGUCUUUCUAUUAAUUUCGAAAAUAAUCAAGAAUUUGGUUGCAUUUAACAAAAUAAUUAACUUUUAUUUGAUUGCUAUAUUAAAUUAGUGUUAGCUAAUGUUUGGAGCAUAACGUAAGGGAAGAUUCUUGCAGAAAAUUCUAAAGGAGAACUUAAUUUAAACCUGGAAAUAUACUUAAUAUUUAAAUUAAGUAUAUUUCCAGAUUAAUUUAAUUCUGGAAACUAAGGAAAUUGAUGCUUUUUAUAUCAAAGAACCAGAAAUUGUCUCAAGUGAUUUGGUUUGAUAAGCAAAUUUGCUCACAUUCGUUAUGUUAUUUUUAUAAAUAAUUCCCGCUAAAGUUUGGAAAAACUAUUUUUAAAUGAAUAUAUAAGUAAAUAAAAAAGAAGCAAUGCUCCCCACAACCUUUGCAGUUUGUUGCUAUGUAAAGAACUAUGUAAACAAAUCCUGUAAAUGGACAUUGAUCAUGUGACAAAUUCUGUAAAUGUGGAAACAUCAAAACAUCGUGAAUAAAGCAUUUUCAAAUAAUUCUACA